UUAAAAAACUUCAUUGUAAUACAGUGGAUUUUUGCGGAGAUAAAGGAAUGUGUGUGGUUCACAAAGACCUUCCUAGCACUACCCUCUGUAAAUGCCUGAUUGGAUACGUGUUAAACGACAAGCAAAUGUGUGUCGCGUCAAACAUACCAUGUACAGACGACAAAGAUUGCUCUUCUAAGGCCAAGUGCGAGCAUGGACUAUGCGUUUGUCAAGGAAACCGAGUGGGAAACGGCCGCGAAUGCAGAGACGCCAAGCCAUGCACAGGGAAGCAUAAUUGUCUCGGAAGUAGUAAGUGUCUCGUUGAUCCAGUGAUGCCAGGAGAGAAACUCUGCAAAUGCCCACCGAAUCAAGUUCACCAGAUUGCCUCUAACAAAGAAUGUGUCG